UCCGUGUGUGCGCAGGUUGUGACACGUUGCAGUGAAAUCUCCUGCUUCAAGAUGUUUGAUCUUCACGGUGUCCUGCUGCUUCUGUCGCUCGCUUUGUGCCUAGCUGUCAGGCAGGACGUGUUGGAGAUAAAGUCUGUUUGUGGUGUGGACUACACUCUCAGAUGCACCGCUAAUCUCAAGCCUGGAGUCCAGUACAUCAAGCUGACAUGGUACAGGCAGGUUGAAGAGCAGCCGUCUGCUGUCAUCAAGGGACUGUUAUCUAAAAAGCUUCCCAAUGGCACCAUUCAGAGGUACAAUGGCAUAGAGAGACACGUGGAUUUGCUGGGCAACACCGGUGAUCUCUUCCUGCCCAACGUGACGUACAGUGACAGCGGAAUAUACGUUUGUCAUCUGGCAGCACCUGUGGGUGAACAGAAUCAGGAGAGUCAAGUUCAUCUCAUUCUAAGAGGUUGUCCUGAGAAUCCGCCCAACAAAGUAAUGCUAGAUGCUUACGCUGUCAUUUUUGCCACUUUGUUGCUGAUAACAUCACUUGUAAUAUUCGUCUGGAGUUAUCGCUGUCUGAAAAAAGCCAUGAAAGAAAGAAACGAGUCCAGUAAAAAAGAAAUCUUAUUGAAUGUGUCGUCCAUACCACUUGAAAAGAAGGACUUGGAGAUGAUCUACACUUUAGGUCCUAAAUGGUCAAAACCUCACUGGACACACACAUGUUUAUAAAGCCAUGGCUAAUGCUGAAGAGUCGUCUUUCAUCGAGCACGGCUUACCUGAGAACCCUCAGCAUGCUCACUGACUGUUGUCAGUAAGCAGGAAAUCCGACAGACAGAAAUUCCAAUCUGAGUUUGUACCAACUGGACUUUCUACUAGUUGAAACUAUAAUUAUACCAGUGACUUCCAUCAUAGUUUCUACCAAAAGAAACUACAAUUCUACAAGUAGAAACUAUUAUUGGAGUUGAGGGUUCAGGUUCAAAGUGUCUCCACUGGCAUCUACAUGGCUUUCCUCCAAGUUUCCUGUGAUUUCCAUCCACAGUUGUGGUUCCAA